AUGUCAGGACAAGGGGUUAAUGCACAGCUGCAGAAUCUGACGCCAGCAUCGAUGCAACAGUUGGCAGACCGGCUAAAGUCGUUGGUGAACGAGGCGAAACGGAUCGGCGUGGACACUAACGAGGGGAAGGAGUUGUUACGACAGGCCGCCAGAAUCAAGGCUUUGUACGAAGCUUAUAGCAAGCAAAGGCAGCAACAACAACAGCAACAGCAGCAACAGCAGCAGCAACAGAUUCAAUCACAAGGAGGAGCCGUGAAUCAGAUUCCUGUAGAACAGCAGCAGCAGCAACAACAGCAGCAGCAGCAACAGCAACAACAGCAGCAAAAACAGCAGCAAUCUUCGGGCUCUAGCAAUCUAUCAAACAAUAUUAAGGUUCUUUUGACGCCAGAACAACGCGAAGCAUACAACAGAUUAGUGCAGAAAUACGAAGACGAUGGGCAGAACAUCAAAGGGGAAUUUAACUUCUUGAAGGGCAAUAUCAGCGUGCUAGACCAAGAGAUCCGGAAUAGGCAGGGGAAUCCUGCUUCGGUAAGGCAAUUGGAGGUGAAUAGAAAUGAGCUGCUCCAAAAAAUUAGGGCAUUGAGCGCGCAGUACUCGACAUUGCAACAAAAGUACCAAGAGGACAGAAGAAAGUUCUAUAUCGAGUGUUCGCAAACAAAUGCUGAGUUGAGAAGGUACUUACAGUUGCAGCAACAAAAAGCUAAUGCAGCUAAGGCUCAGGGUGCGGCUGCCGCAGGAACCGGUGCGUCUGCUGGAGCCCAAUCACAAAUGCCUCCACAGACCUCUGCUGCUGCUGGCGCUGCCACAGCGACACCACAAGGCAAUAAUACACAGGGUAUGAAUACAGGUACACCUAUCCCAACGAACCUAAACAAGGCAGGUAGUGGUAGUCCCCCAAAUGCAGCUAUGGGAGCUCCAGCUGCAGCCAACACAGGGGCUAAAAUACCAACAGGGCAGAUAACCGCUGCUGCUGCAUCAGGAGCAAACAGCUCAAAUGUACAAGGCGCAGCUGACAAGUCAUCUCCGACGCAGGUAACUACUGUUAAUGCAGCAGCAAACCAAUCAGCCCAAAGUAACGCAAGGCCGCCAAUUUUCAAACAGCCAAACCCAUCCAUACCUAUCAGCGAAACCGUUGCACCAUCACCAACUGUUUCAGUUUCCUACAGAAGCAAUAGGCCUACUAUCACCGGUGGUAGUGGUAUGAACGCCCCAGCGCUAACUACCCCGGUUAUGACAAAACUACCCCCAUAUGAAGUCGACACAGAACGUGUCAUGUCCAAGAGGAAACUCCGCGAAUUGGUGAAGACCGUCGGCGUGGACGAAGGUGAUGGUGAAACAACAAUCGACGGUGAUGUCGAAGAACUCUUGCUAGACCUAGCAGAUGAUUUCAUUACCAAUGUCACCAACUUCGCUUGCAAAUUAGCUAAGCAUAGGAAAUCAGAUAAUCUUGAUGUUAGAGAUAUACAAAUGCAUCUGGAACGUAAUUGGAACAUCAGAAUCCCAGGUUUUGCUAACGAUGAGAUUCGUAGCACUAAAAAAUGGAAUCCAACCCCAUCAUACAACCAGAUGGUUAACGCAAUCAGCAAUAACAAGAACUCUCGCACUCAUCCGGAGAAGAAGUGA